CUCUCAGCUGUGUCGAGAUAACCAAGCAACGACAGAGAGAGAGAGAGAGAGAGAGAGAGAGAGAGAGAGAGAGAGAGAGAGAGAGAGAGAGAGAGAGCUGAGGAGGAGCUUGCUGCUAUAAGAUUCACUCCACGCACCAUCAGCACCAAAACUUGCAGUCCAUCCAUCCAUACCCAUCUCUGUGCUGCGCUCUUGCUUUUGCGUAUAAACACUGGCGUCUUCAUUUGAUUUUCCCCCCCGUUGGACGGUGCACAGGUGCAUCCCACGGUUAAUGCUCGCUCUUUGCUGAGUUGAUUAUGGUCACAACCCCCGCGGUGCCAAGGUGGAGUCACCGCGCGUAUCUCGGAUCGGUGCGCUUCUCCAGGGGCUGGGAUGCGCACCGGGCACCUCUCGCUUCCUGCCUAGUUUCGCGUCUGAGCAGGAGUCAAGCGCUGCCCCAGGGCGCCGAGGCAGGAGGACCCAGUCGACCCGGAGCAGGAUGCCGGUGAUGAGAGGGCUGCUGGCCCCACAAAACACCUUCCUGGACACCAUCGCCACCCGUUUCGAUGGCACCCAUAGCAACUUUGUUCUGGGAAACGCCCAGGUGCAGUCUCUCUACCCCAUCGUCUACUGCUCAGACGGCUUCUGUGAGCUCACUGGUUACGCCCGUGCUGAGCUCAUGCAGAAGAGCUGCGCAUGUCACUUCCUGUAUGGCCCUGAAACAAGCGACCAGUUGACAGCCAAGAUCCAAGGAGCCUUGGAUGAGAGGAGGGAGUUCAAGACCGAGUUGGUCUUCUACAAGAAGGAAGGUACACAGUUCUGGUGUCUUCUGGACAUUGUUCCCAUUAAAAAUGAGAAGGGUGAGGUGGUUCUGUUCCUUGUGUCCCACAAAGACAUCACUGACAAGAAGAGGGACCAGGAUCCUGAGCAAGGACCUGACACAGAUGAGGAGACAGGUCUGGAGGUGCAUCAGGUAACUCGCCCUCCAGGCUUUAACGCCAACAGGCGCCGCAGCAGAGCUGUGCUCUAUCAUCUGUCAGGACACCUGCAGAAACAAGACAAGAGCAAACUCAAGAUCAACAAUAACAUGUUUGGAGAGAAGCCUCCAAUCCCGGAGUACAAGGUAGCAGCCAUACAGAAAUCUCGCUUCAUCCUGCUCCACUAUGGGACCUUCAAGGCUGGCUGGGAUUGGUUGAUUCUGCUGGCGACCUUCUACGUGGCUGUCACUGUGCCCUAUAACGUGUGCUUCACCGUGGUGGGAGGGCGAGAUGAAGGGAGCAGCAGUGCCCCACGAAGCCCACCAAGCGUCAGUGACAUCCUUGUAGAGAUCCUCUUUAUUUUAGACAUAUUGCUGAACUUUCGAACUACUUUUGUGAGCACGUCGGGUCAGGUAGUGUACGACGCCCGCUCCAUCUGUGUUCACUACGUCACCACCUGGCUCUUUGUCGAUCUCAUUGCCGCCCUGCCCUUUGACCUGCUGUAUGCUUUCAACGUCAGCGUGUACUUUGGGGUCCACCUGUUGAAGACGGUUCGGCUGCUUCGGUUACUGCGGCUGCUGCAGAAGCUGGAGCGCUACUCUCAGUACAGCGCUGUGGUCCUGACCCUGCUGAUGUCCAUGUUCGCCCUGCUGGCCCACUGGAUGGCGUGUGUCUGGUACUUCAUAGGUCGCAGGGAGAUUGAAAGUCCUGGCUCCUGGGAUAUUGGUUGGCUCCAUGAGCUGGCCAAGCGUCUGGGUAACCCCUACUUCCUGUCCCCCCUGACAACGCUGGUCCACACCACAGUCAGCAGCCUCCCAGCCAACAGCAGCCAGUGGAACGUGUCAGGGUCAGAGUUCGGGGGGCAUGGCUCCUGGAAUUCCAGCCAAUAUUACGGAAACAUGUCGGGGGGCGAGGCCAUGUCAGGGACGGACACCGGGGGUGGGGGCGGGAGUGGGAGUCUCAGGGUGCUGGGUGGGGGCCCGUCAAUGCGUAGCAGCUAUGUGACAUCACUCUACUUUGCUCUGAGCAGCCUGACCAGUGUGGGAUUUGGAAAUGUGUCUGCCAACACGGACUCAGAGAAGAUCUUCUCCAUCUGCACCAUGCUCAUAGGAGCACUGAUGCAUGCAGUGGUGUUUGGUAACGUGACGGCCAUCAUCCAGAGAAUGUACUCACGUCGUUCGCUCUACCACACCCGCACCAAGGACCUGAAGGACUUCAUCAGGGUCCAUCGGCUGCCCAAGGCCUUGGAGCAGCGCAUGCUGGAGUGUUUCCAGACUACCUGGUCGGUCAAUAAUGGAAUAGACGUCAAUGAGCUUCUGAAGGACUUCCCAGAUGAGCUGAGGGCAGACAUCGCCAUGCAUCUGAACAAGGAGCUGCUUCAGCUGCCCCUGUUCGAGUCAGCCAGCAGGGGCUGCCUGCGCUCCCUCUCCCUCAUCAUCAAAACCUCUUUCUGUGCCCCGGGAGAGUUCCUAAUCCGGCAGGGAGACGCACUGCAGGCCAUCUACUUUGUCUGCUCUGGGUCCAUGGAGGUCCUGAAAGACAACACUGUGCUGGCCAUACUGGGUAAAGGAGAUCUGAUCGGCUCGGACUCCCUGACAAAGGAGCAGGUGAUCAAGACCAACGCCAACGUCAAAGCCCUGACCUACUGCGACCUGCAGUAUAUCAGCCUCAAGGGCCUCCGCGAAGUCCUGCGACUCUACCCUGAGUACGCCCAGAAGUUCAUCAGCGAGAUACAGCACGACCUCACUUACAAUCUGCGAGAGGGCCACGGGGCUGAUGUGGACUGGGAAAGUAAUGGUAGUCUGGUGAAGAAGCUGCCGUCCAUCCGGGAGGAUGAGGAGGGUGAUGAGGAGCAGAACUCGGUGUCUCAUGCCCCCCGCUCCCCACUACGUCUCAGCAGGGGGCUCAACUCGCCCUUGCGCUCCCCUCUCCUGCCGCCUAGGCCGUUCCGCGCCCCCUCUGAGCACUCCCGCCCCACCACCCUGCAGAUACCAGUGGUCAGCUUCAGCAGCGCACCGCCUGAACUCAGCCCCAGAUUUGUGGACGGCAUUGAAACGGAGAGCAUUUCCAACUCAUCACAGAAGUUUGAGUUCAGUCCCAGCCUGUCAUCCGCAGCCCCACCCUCACCGUACCCAGGGAUCCGGGAGCAGUCUGAGAUCAAGCAGAGUGUGUCUAAAUUGACUGAGGAGAUGAACAGCCUCUCUAAACAAGUCUCCGUGCUCAGUCAAGAGCUGCAGGAAAUGACACGCCUGCUUAAGCCCCUCCUCCAAAGAGCACCGCAGCCAAUCCUGACGACCAUGAUGCCAAAUUUAACCCCACCUCCUAGCAGUGCCAGCCAGCUGUCAACAAGCACCAGUCUAGUGAUGCCACCGCCCGCCACACCUUGUUCCUUCCAGAGACCUGACACUCAUUCCCUGUUGGACAGUGGAGACAUAGAGGUUGUGGAUUUGCCAGGAUGCCUUCUCCCAACUCCUCAUUCACCAAAAAGGCCUAAUUCAUCUCCCUCAGCUUUGCCACAGCCCCUGUCCAACCUCCCAGGGGACAACAUCAAGGGCCCUGCCCACUCCAACCUUUCCUCGCCUGAAGAAGGACUUCAUGAGGGAUCCCAUAUCUUGCGAAGCCUCCAUGCUUCCUCCAGUAAUGGCAUAUUUCUGCCCUCGCUGCACGACCAGCCUCCCCUGGCCUCUCACGCCCCUUCACCUUCUCUCUCCUUCUCCAUGUCCCUCUCCUCCUCUCCAUCUCUUUCCCCCUGCCAAGGGCCCCACCUGUCCCGACCUGUCAGCUGUGCCAGCAGAGGCCUGCUCCCUCCGCCUCCCUCCCAGGACACCCCUCCUCCCCAGUCCUCCCACUGUUCAGCUCCCCCAUCGCUCACAUCCUCGCCAGGCGCCCAUCGGCUGAGGCCCUCCCCGUCCAUCCCUCUCGUGACCCCCACCUUCUCUCUCCAUCCCUCCACCCUCUCCCUGCCCUUGUCUUUGGACUUUGUCGGUGCAAGAAGGCAAGGAGAAACCCAGACUCUCACCCGGUGCAACUCACAGCCGCACCGCGGUCAGGCCAGAUCUGUCACUCAUCCCCAGGAGCUGGAGAUGCAGGAGUGGAGAGGAGAGGCAGAGGAGGGGAGGUACUCCACAGGGCACAUCAGCUUCAUUGAUGAAGAUGAGCCAGCGGUAUGAACGGAAUACAAAUGAGCAAAAGUCAAAGAUUACACAAGAGUAGCAGAGAGUGACAGAGAGGGAAAAGGGGAUAAAAAGGAGAUCAGAUCAGGGAAACUGACAACAGGAUGAUGGAAUGAAAAGCAAUGGCAGACAGACAGCUGGUCUAUUUCACACGGGAAGCAAUUUGUCAGGCAGGAAAUUCUAAAAUGACUGACAGGUAAACAGAUACACACCUGGGAGGCCGAGACACAAAGCCAGCUGUCGGCAAAUCAGUGUGGACGACUACUUUGUCCUUUUCAGCACUGAUCAACCACAGAACUACAACAGCACAAAUUGUCUUACAGUAUCUACACUCCAGUAGCACCAGUCAAUCCCUGCAGCUACUGGGACACACAGGACCACAGCACAUCUUUCUAACAGGUUCCAUUAUUCUCUGGAGCCUAAUUUAGCUCUUUCUUGUUAACUACAAUACAAUAUUGCUCUUAAAAACUCAGUAUGGAUGUCUCCUCCUCUUCAAAGGGCAGGUAAUAACACACAUAUCUCACGCUGAGGAACAUGUUUUUACCCAAGCGUAACAAUCCGAGCCGCUGCACUGGGACUGGGAAUGUAAACUCUUCAUCAGGUCACUUACGCUUCAUUGGUGGGAUUAUCUUUUGAAAGGGAUGCGAUUAUGGAGGAAAACAUCAAGCUGAUAUCAAAUCAUCUCUUCAAAGUCAUACACAUUCAGAGAAAACACACAAUCUACAAACAUAUAAGGAUAUCUGAAUUGGGUUUUAACUUUUGACAGAGUAGUCCAUGUUUUGUUUCCCCGCUAAAAGAAGUUUUAAGUACACAUUCUGGUCAGUAGGUGAGCAUGUGAAGAAGCAGAGAUGCUGAGUGUGGACCUAAAUAUCCAGGCAAGCGGUAGGGUUGUGUGCCAAAGACAAAAACAAGAUUUAUAGGAAAAAUGAGGGAGAAACACUAAUAUUCUAAACAGCAGCCAUAUGUCAUAGUUUAUCACCAUCAUGACUGUUUACAACCAGCCUAACAGAUUGUAAAAACAAACUCCCACAUCACUCCUGAGCUUUAGCCAUCCAGCCAUUCGUGCCUUCUCCAUAUAAAGACAUAGACUUCCCUCAAGUUAACUACAAGCAAGCAUUUGGAUCAAAAUUUACAGAAAGCCAUCAAAUUCACCUACAGAGAACAUUUGCACCUUUAUCGAAAAUGUCGACUAUAGAAUAUGUUUAUUUAUUAAGGCUGUGUAUUUAUUUAUUUUUAUUGAUGAGAGCGACGAGGAAGUAUAUCGUGCGUUUGGGAGAUCGGAAUGGAAACAGGCUGGGGAGGAAGAUUUACAUUCUUACUUCACAACUGCAUGCACUCUAGACUGAGUGGACCCAUCCUAAUUCUUAUGUAGCACUCACACAUAAAGCAUAUCUUGAACACACACACACUCAUCAUCAUCAUCUUCAACCCCUUUGCCAACCACUGAGCUUAAUGCUGGUAUGAGACAACAGCCUAACUCUAAAAAACAAAAAACAAACAAAAAAAACUACAAUACCCAGGCUGCACCACUAUGGAGGUCUCAGGACUUCUGUACAGACUCUUUUUUUCCGCUUUGGUGAGGUGCUGCUUUGUGCAGCACAGGUCCACCACAUGUUACUUGUAAUAUAGACAGUCAGAUUUCUGGUUUCUAUUUUCUGUAAUGGGAGCAGGGCAGGGGACUACCUGGACUCUUUACACACUGAAAUACAAAGACUGACUGAGCAGAACUCCCAUCGAUGUCUGUGGAGUGUCUGAUCGUGCCGGUUGCUCUGGGGUGCGGUGGGAUAGAGGGGGGGUCUUGGGUACACAAAGGGGUUUUAAAUCAAAUGCAUGUCACAGCUUUUUUUGCAUGAGGAAUGUGCCUGCUUUUGAGCUGCCGAGGGCAGAGGGCUAAUGGGAGUAGACAAACAGCCUGCCCUGUUGGAGGUUGUUGGGUUUCAGAUGUAUUUUAUUAAAGACUGCUGUUACAUAAAAAAAAAAAAACUUUACCAGGAUUACAUACUGUACAACAAUAAAGAAGUGUUGUUUUGUAAGAUAUCAGACUCCUGUGCUACUCUUGGGAACCAUCACAUUUGGCAAACAUUAGCCCCAGUUUGUACCUCUUAUGUAUUACAUUCGAGUCACAGAGGUAAGCAUAUGUUUCUCUGUAAAAUAAACAGUGUUUGAAAAACCCAGAAGGUCAUUUAACAACACGUAAUGCUGUUCUGAAGGUAUUUCCAGAAUCCGUAAAGACUCGUCCAUGUGCUGCUGCUGAAAAAGGAAAAAAAAAAAAAAAAUUUUUAACCCGUUUUCCAAGUUGCAGCUGUAUCCUCCUAUUCAGGUAGCCAGCAAUAAUGUACAGUGUGUCCUUGCUCUUUCUGUACAAUACAAGCACAUUAUUGUGUAUGAAAAUCUAGAAUAAUAGAAAGUAACAUCAAUACGCCAAAUCCAAACCAAAGACAUAUUUUAAUUCAAGCUACCAUCUGUGUUUGGAUUAGGAAACAGAGUGGCAACUUUGGAAACCUAUUCAUAUUUUUGUUGUGCAGCAAACAUUUUUUCAUCCAGAUUGUUAGAGGUCUCUGGAAAUACUCAGAACACAAGCAGCACUUACCCCUCCCUCAUUACCACCACUGAGGUGCCCUUGAAUGAGGCCCAACUACUCCAGUGGAGCAGAUCAGACUGUGGCUAUACAGGGAAGCUUUGAGGUGUGGAUGUGUGUAACAGUGUGAAUGUAGUCAGGGGGGUGUUCCUAAAAAAGAGAGACUGCCUCUCAGUGAAACGUCCCUGAAUAAAUAAAAAAGCGUUUGAGACCUAUUAAAACCAUUUUUGAAACAUCUACAUAUUUUUUGGAGAUGCUUGCCUUGGACUCAAAUGUAAGGGUAAUACAUGAGGCACAACCUGGGGUUAGGUAACCAUGAACUGCAAUACAAACUUAUUAGGAAGUCCACUGUACUUGCAUAUAUUUGUGCUUUCUUUUAGACAUUGUGGAUUAGAGAUGGGGAAGCAACAGACGGAGGAGCAACAAAACAAAGAAAAGUCCGAGCUGGAUUUGCUCCUUGCUACAUGUGACUGCAGAAGCUCUCAU